AUGCUUCCCAUCAUGGUUCUCCUGAUAUUAAACCCGCUCAUUCUGAAAGCCCACCGGGAAAGUUUAAUCAAACGUCAGCGGAUGCAACGGAAGCAGACGCGCGAUGAACGCGAAGUUGGGCGACAGCAGCGCCGCUUGCAGGCGAUGUUGCUGGCAGUGUCAAUCAUCUUCGUGGUUUGUACGCUGCCGUCCGUUGUUCUAUCCAUCGUGAGACUGGUCUUCUCACAAUCCACCCGCGACACGUGGCAGUACGAGACAUUCAACCAAGCCGUAAAGCUGCUAGAGGUGACUAACUUCGCCAUUAAUUUCUACGUCUACAGCUUGGCGAGCACCGACUUUCGCCACAGCCUGGCUGACGUCACUCGUUGCCACACCAGUGGCGCCAUCUACCCGUUAUCAGGGAACACUGAGGUUGAGUGA